AUGCCGCCUGGGCCGAGUCAGAAGGGGACGGGCAAGAAGAACUCGGCAAUACAGAAGCAGAGCCGCAACACGACGCCUGCUCCAGCAGUCGCGACAGCUAGUCUCCCACCGACCGAGUUUUACGAUCCGGACUACCUUAAUACUAGGGUCAUUCUUUUCCGCAACCUCACCUACGAUGAUAUUGUCGACCAGUCCGCCUCCAAUGCCACCAUCCCGGAUUCAAAGAGCCUUGACGGCAUGAUUGAACGUUUAAAGAAUUUAUCCAAUAUUAUGGAGAAGCGCUCUACGUUCUAUGACCGCGGCAUGAGACACCUGGCAGAUGAGCGCAAGAAGCGACCUUCCGAAGAUUAUGGAAGCCGUGACGGGGAACAAGAAGGAAAGCGACCAAAGCACAAAAGAAAGAAGCCUGAUUCACUGGCACCGCAAGAGACCAAUGUUGAGCGUUCGUCGCCAUUACGAGACUCUAAAAACCGCAAACACGACCGCGACCCAAGCUCUCCUUUAUCUCCUACUCACGCUGGUUCGCCUGGGGAUGGCGACAAAAAGUUAAAAACGGAAGACAAAAAAGACGACGACGAAGAGUCCUCCAGCUCAGAAGACGAGGGCGCGCCACCUCGUCGCGAACAACCUCAAGCCAUGACGUUCGGCGAGGAUCCCUCUACUUUCCCCGACCCAACGAUAUACGAAAUCCGGCCAACUUACCCCGGAAUGCCAGAUGAAGAGCGCAAGGAAAUCUAUUCGGUUGCGACAUACCCCCCUUCGGAUCUUGCCGACCUCAUCGCCGGCGACCCACCAGACAAGGACUUCAGCAAUGCUAAGCCCAACAGUCAGAUCAACUUCAGUACGUUCUCAACAUAUGUCGAGCCAUUCUUCCGACCGUUCUCUGAGGAAGAUUUGGCCUUCUUGCGCGAACGAGGGGAUCGUGUCACACCUUUCGUCAUGCCCAAACGUGGCAAGCGACACUACACAGAGAUUUGGGCCGAGGAGGACGGUGCUAUGUCGAUCGACACACCACAACAAGGACGCGAUAAGCUACCGCAGAACCAACCACGAGGCAGUAUUGACAACAUGGACGACGAUGUUGGAGAAACUGACAAGCUAUCCGUUGGUCCUUGGUUGACCAGGUUGAUGCAAACACUCAGGCCCGAGGCUCGUGCGCAAUCUGUUGAUGACAAGCCUGCGACAAACGGGACUACCAAUGGAGAUAUCAGCAUGAGUAUGAACGGUGAUGCUGAUGUUGAUGAAAAGCCUGCAAGUUCGGACGAUAAAUCAAAUCAACAGCCCGCGGCUUUCAUGUCAGAGUCGUCAACAGAGGCUUGGAAAAAGGCAUCGCAUCCUAAGCUGGAGUACUCUCAAGUUGAUGAACGUAUCAAGCAGGAACUCCGACAUAUUGGCUUCCUCCCCCUGGAAGGAUUUGAAGCAGAGUAUGACGGGCAUUAUGACGACGAGGUUGCAGCAAGACUACGACUUUUGCAGAAUAGGCUCAAAGAUCAGAUGCUGAUCAAUGGCGCGCGUAAAUCCCGCCUGACAGACCUCGUUCGGGAACGCAUGGCCUAUCAAGAAUACCAAACAAUAUUGGAAGAUCUCGACUCGCAAGUACAGGCCGCAUAUCUUAAGCGGACUAGAACGAUGGGUAAAAGCAAGAAAACAAAACGACCUGGAGGUGCGGGUGGUGGCAGCCACUUUGUUGGAGGCGCUGCAGGCACUGCUCGGCCUGGUAUUGGCGAUGUCACCAAGACCCUCAUGGAGAGGCGAAAGCGAUGGAUCGACACCAUUGGAUCUGUAUUUGACGAUGAGAGUCUGAGAAAGGUUCCAAGGAUGACAGACUCUGAAAGUUCCAUCUUCAAGCCAGCAGAUAUGACGGAACUCAUGAACAAGGAGAAGGAACAAUGGGAUGAGGAGGUGGAGGAGGAAUAG